UUAGUUGUUCUUCCUCUCAUCAACGUUAUCGGCAUCGUCGGCAUCAUCAUCUCAAGUGAGCGGAAAUUGUGAUUGUUUUGUUUUGUGGGUGAUAAAAUUAAAAGUUCUGGUUAUUGAAGAGAAAAUGGUCGAUAAACUUUAUUACAACACUACAUUGUCUCAGACGUUUUCCCCAUGUGGAAAUUAUUUAGUAGCUGGUAACAUUUAUGGUGAACUUGCCGUGUUUGACAUAGCAAAUAUCCUGAAUCCACCAGAUGGAGCCACCCAACCUAUGAAGGCUUUUACCCACUUCAUGGCACCAAGAGAUGAACAGAUUUGCAGUUUGGCGAAGACUGAUAAUUUCCUAAUCGUCGGGACUGUUGGCGAAAUUACUGGAUGGGAUUGGUCUACUAUUGGACAAAAUAAACACCCUAAACUGUCAUGGACUAUACAAAUACCAGUUACAAGAGAUUCGUUUGAAAAGCCUGAUGUCAACGCUAUGGCGGUGGCGGAGAACGAAGCGACGGGAAUGACAAUGCUGUACGCAGGCUGUGGUGACAAGAAGAUCCAUGUGUUCAACUUGGAGGAUGGAAAACACGUACGAUCUAUGGAGGGACACGAUGACUACAUACAUAGUAUUGAUCAACAAGGGAAUCAGCUGGUGUCGGCCGGUGAGGACGGUGCAGUAAGACUGUGGGACUUGAGACAGAAGAGUCUCACAGCUGUGGUAACACCUCAUACGCAGCCCAAGGUGGAGAGACCGUCUCUCGGCAAGUGGAUAGGGGAUGCUGCCCUCAGUGACGAUUGGCUGGUGUGUGGAGGGGGUCCGCGGCUGUCACUGUGGCACCUGCGCACCAUGGAUGUCAUGGCUAGCUUCAAUUCCGUGGAGGACUCUGGCCUUCAUGUCACCCGCUUCCACGAAGACAAGAUCAUCGCUGGCGGGACAGCACCUAACCUCUACCAUCUCUCACUCACUGGAGAUGUUUCGUCCCAGAUUCAAGUAUCGUCGACGACCGUGUUCUCAGUUUGCAUCCAAGACUCGCCCCACCACGUGAUGUGUAUAGCUGGCUCCAGUCCAAACAUUGAUCUCUGCACUAACUUUGCCUACCGGGACCAGGUCCUCUCUUUCGCAUAACUUACUGUAAGAGAGGAUUGCACUAGAGGUAAUACUGGUAAAAAACUUUAUGAUUUUAGAAAAAAAUAUGUUCUGUGACGUCACUGUUAAAUUACGUGGUUUUAAACUGUUUGUUAUAGCUCAUAAGGAAUUUUUGGAAAAGGAAUUGAGUUUAGCUAGCUCACUUGAGAAAAUUAGAGUCCAGAGGCACAAAAUUACAAAAUUAGUGUGUUUAUAAAGAAUGAAGAGACAUCUGAAUCAAUCUUUAUGUUGGAAACUGUAUAAUUAUGAUUGUUUGAUCAUCUAAUCCAUCUAUUUAUCAAUCAAAAUAAUGAUUAUUUGAUACUCAAGUAAGUUUAUUUCAUAAUCGUAAUCAUAUAGAGAUUUUUUUUAUAAGUUAUAUUGUUAUCAUUAUACUCUAAUAACGUACUGUAAAUCAAAAAUGUUUAUUGUAAAAAUAGUUUUUAUUUAGUUUGUACAACUUAAGGACUGUUUUAGGAAGAAUAAUUUUAGUAUUUUACUGAUAUAAAAAUUCAGUAUUACCUCUGGUAUUUUAGAAUACUUUUUUCCUGUGACUUCUUAUUAUUCCCUGUGGUUUGAGUUCCAGAGGUGAGAGGACUUUAUACCCACCCGAGUUAGUACUUUUGUACUGAGUUUAUUAUUUAGGUUUUGUACAAAAUUAGAUAUAAGGAGACUGAGGUACUUUGAUUUAUUUAUUGUUGGUGCUUGUUGAAGUAAACAAUCAAAACAAA